AGCUGUCAAUUCUUGCUUGUUUAUUCGUUUUGUGUUUAUCGUUUUGUGUUACCGUUAUUUUUAGGUUAAAUUCAAAACUUGAAACGAUUUUUCUUUUGAAAACAGUUCUGAUGGACCUUGACGAUACAGUCUUCCUGGAAGAAUGGUCUCAACAGACGAAAGAAACGGAUGUUCAAUAUCACAAAUUAGUAUCAACCCUUAAACCAGUGAUACCAUUUGAAGAAGUCUUUUCAAAUGACGAUGUUGACAUAAAAGUUGAUGCCGAUGCUUGUGUGCAAGCUGUUCAGAAAUCAAAGGAAUUAGCUGCAAAAAAACAAAAAUUGCAACAGGAGCUAUUAAAACUUACGAAAGAAGUCGAGAAUCUGAAGGAUAAGAACCAACAGUUAGAAGAAACUAUUGAAACAUACAAAGUCAAAUGUCACCAGGCCUCCUCGAAAAACAAAACUGAUAAGGAUGUAUUAAACACUGCUAUAAAUAAGUAUGAAAAGAACUUGGACAUGACCGUCAGCAUAGAAAAUAUUUCUGCAUCCACAUAUGAAGCAACUUUCAAGUUCAAAAAGCUAAAAAAGAAAGUGCUGAAAGUACUCAUAGACAGAGAAAAAGGUGAAAUAAUAGACCAUACAGUUCUACGUGAUCUGCCCGGCAAUGAAGGUGAUGACACAUAUAUUCCAAAUAUUCUGUACUUAUUGCGGAAAUCAAUUUUGUAGUGUAAUAAUUGGGAAUAUAUUUUGCAUAUAAUAAACUGAGACUGUAUUACUAUUAUUUAAAUGUAUAUGUAUGUAUGUAUAUCUAAGAAUAAUAAAUGUGAUUUUUUCAAGUAA